UUUUGGAGCAAUAGUUUGUAUUUAGUUCAACAAAUGGCCACACAUCGUUGGCAUCAUAUUAAAAAAAAAAACACAUGUUUAUGUUGUAAACAAUGUGUAAACAUUUGUUGACAUUUUAAAAGAAUGUAUUUGAUUAUUAAAAAAUAAUAAAAUUGACAAAUUAAAAUUAAUUAUAACAAAAUGGAUGUAACGACUAUGAGUGUUGAUGAUGUUCAAGUGCCUAAAACAGUUGAAUCUAUUGAAGAAUCAAUAGUAGAAGUGUCUAAAAUUGAGCUAGAUGAUGUUGACAAUACACCGGCAGAUUUACCAAUUGAUGAAACUGAGAAAAAUAUUAAUGAAAAACCAGCAGAGUUAGAUGAAAAUAUAGACCAGACAGUGACUGAAAUAUCAACAACAACAACAACAGUAACAACUGAAGAAUCAUAUAUUCCUGUUUCUUAUGAAUGGAAUAGAACUCCAAUUUUACUAACAUCAGCAGUUGAAGAAUACAUGCCAAAUGAUGAUUGUGAAAAUUUUACAAAAGGUUGUCAUUGGUCACCUGAUGGAACUUGUCUUUUAGUACCAUGUGAAGAUUUCAGAUGUAGAUUAUAUGAUUUACCACGUGAACUUUAUUCUGGCAAAGAACCAACAUCACCACUACCAUCAUUAAAACCAGCAUUAACAAUUAAAGACGGUGGACUUAUAUAUGAUUGUGCUUGGUAUCCAUUAAUGAAUUCAUGGGAACCAGCAACUUGUUGUUUUAUUAGUACAAGUAAAGAAACACCUGUUCAUUUGUGGGAUGCAUUUACUGGACAAUUAAGAGCAACUUAUCGUGCUUACAAUCAAGUUGAUGAGGUUGAAGCUGCUCUUAGUGUACAAUUUACUGAUGAUGGAAAAAAAAUUUGGGCUGGUUACAAAGGUGUCUUAAGAUCAUUUGAUACUGAUAGACCUGGUAGACAAGUUGAUGAUAUUUCAUUAAAAAAUGAUUUUCCAAAUGCAAGAGGAAUUGUAUCGUGUAUACGUGAAAAUCCAACAAUGCCCGGAUUACUAGCCUUUGGAACAUACUCCAAAUGCAUUGGUUUGUAUAAAGAUGGACCUUUGUGUUUGUUAAAAACUGACAGUGGUGUAACACAAAUUGAAUUUAGUCCUUGUGGUACUAAAUUAUACUCAGUUGUUCGUAAAAAUGGUCAAUUUGUUUGUUGGGAUUUACGAAAUCCUGGUAUUAUACUUUAUUCAUUUGAAAAACGACAAUCAGAUACAAAUCAAAGAAUUCAAUUUUCCAUGUCGUACGAUGGAAAUGAUAUGAUUUCUGGUGGUACAGAUGGACAUGCUUCAAUUUGGCGAAUUUCUGAAUCUGAUUGUGAUGCUAUUGAACCAUUUACAAGUAUUAAAUUAUCAAAAGAUUGUGUUAAUGGUGUUGAUAUUCAUAAAAGUUUACCAAUACUUGCUGUAAGUACUGGACGAAGAAUUUGUGAUGAUGAAGAAUCUCCACGAGAUAAUAGUGUUGCUUUGUGGUACUUUGGUGCACAAGAAAAAAGAUGACAAUAAACAAAAAUAACAAAAAAAUUAAACGUUUAUAUUGAAUAUAAAUAAAAAUUAUAUAAAUAUUUUUAAUGUGUUUAAUCGAAAAAUAAUACAAGCUAUCAUUUGUAAAUUUUAAUUAUUAUUUCACUGGCAAAAAAAAAAAACUGCUAAGUAAUCAAAAUGACGACUGUCUUUUAAACAUUUGUACUCGUUUUUUUUUUAAUUCGCUCUCAUGUAAUUUUUAACUUGAUGGACAGAAAAUAGAAAAAAAAAA